AUGAGUCCUACUGCGAUAUUAGAAAAAGAAGAACGAUGUUUGGGCGGGAUGACAUUUUUUGCUCAAAGUCAUCCAAGUGAAGUGUGUGGAAGUAACGGCCUGCCCCUAACCCCCAACUCCAUAACAAUAUUUGGAAAAUCACAAUUUUUGAAAACACUGGAGCAUCCCAAUCUCUCACCCUAUGUCGAUAUUGUAAGGGGUAAGCAUGAACGAACUGUUGUAGUUGCCGAGUACAGUGGUACACCCCUCGAAUCGAAUGAUAAAAUAAGGCCAAUAAAUGAUAUCGUGAGAAUAGUUUAUGAAAUAUUAUCUGGCUUGAGUUACAUCCAUCAAUUUGGCUUGGUUCAUCGACAUCUCAGUCCUGUCAAUAUUUUGAUCAAAGAGAAUGGUGAUGUUCAACUAUACAAUUAUGGAUUAUACUACAUGACUGACCGUGGCAAGAAUGUUUCAUUCCCAAUAGGACAAUUUAUUUGUUUGAGGUAUCCAAAAUAUACAGCUCCAGAAGUCUUUUUGAAUUCAACAGAUGAAAGCAGUUGUAAAGUAGAUACCUGGUCAUUGGGUAUUAUAGUAAGUGAAUUAUUGUUAGAAAAGAGCAUAUGGCCUGGAAUAAAACUUCAUCAGAGUUUGUGGAAAGUCCUGAGCCUUCUCCAAAGUCAUAAUAGUGUCUUUGAGCAUUUGGCGAGAGAAUGCGAUCGAUACAAUGCAUUUCAAAGAAUCCCCGAAGAUGUGAGAGAUUUUGUUGAUUAUUGUCUACAAAUACAUCCCUCUCGACGUAAAUCACCCAAGGAACUUCUCAAGUUGCCCUUGUUUGGGAGAUUCACUCAAAAUGACAGGAAAAAACAUGAGGAAAGUGUUUACAAGAAUAUUAUCGUUCGAAAUAUGGAAGAACUAUACUAUUUGUGGCGAUUAGCUGGUGGUGAUAUGACAGUAGAGUUGAAGAAAAAUGGAUUGAUACGCUCAAGACCACCAAUACUCUCAAUUCCAAAUUUGAUAAUUCUCCUGGGACAAAUAUUCGGUCGAAGAGAUACAGCUUGUUUGCUGGAUUUACGCGUUAUCAAAGUGCCUCUCGAUACACUAAGACAGCGUUUGUCCCACAUUCCGUACAUCGCCAAUUGUCCACGUCUGACGAGUGAGAUGCACGUCAAAGCCCAAGACGAUUUGACUGAGACAUCAUCUCAGCUGCCAUUGGUAAUAAGAGAAAGAGACACUGAAUAUCAGUUCUACAGAAUUGUCUUGUUUGACAGGCUGUUGAAAAUAUAUCCUAUAACGAGAAUAGCCAUCAUUAGAGAGGCCCACAAAGAUAUUCCCCCUCCAGUAAGAGGAGCUGUAUGGGCAGCUCUGCUGGGCAUCAAUGGAGACAUUGAAAAACGUUACAAUGCUAUUGACAAAGAAACACCAACACGAACAGAUCGACAAAUUGAGGUGGACAUCCCAAGAUGUCACCAGUACAGUGAACUACUAUCGUCUGGAGCUGGCCAUGAGAGACUCCAACGACUAUUGAAAGCCUGGGUCAGAGACAAUCCUCACUAUGUCUAUUGGCAGGGUUUGGAUUCUUUGACAGCGCCAUUUUUGUAUCUAAAUUUCAACAACGAAGCACGAGCUUUUGCCUGUCUCUCUGCAUUUAUUCCAAAGUAUCUUCAUAAAUUUUUCUUAAAAGAUAACAGUGUUGUGAUCCAAGAGUAUUUAUCAAAAUUCUCACAAAUAAUUGCUUAUCACGAUCCCUAUCUAGCCAAUCACUUGCGAUCUAUCAAUUUUGUCCCAGAAUUAUUUGCCAUGCCUUGGUUUUUGACUAUGUUCUCACAUGUAUUUCCUCUUCAUAAAAUACUCCACCUCUGGGAUAAACUUUUGCUGGGAGACUCUUCUUUUCCUCUUAUGGUGGGCCUGGCAAUACUCAAACAAUUGCGAGACUUCCUCCUUGUAUCCGGCUUCAACGAGUGCAUCUUGUUGUUCUCUGAUCUACCUGAAAUUGAUAUUGAACUCUGUGUCAAGGACUCUAUGGCCAUGUACCAAAAUACACCGUCAAGUAUUACAUAUCGAAAGCAUCAGUUCGAUCAGUCUAAAGCGGCCAACUGGCAUGAGCCUGAGCCAGGAACUGAAAAAUUACCCAGAAUCAGUAUUGAAGAUUAUUUACAGCUGUUUGAUCAGGGUCAAAAGAAUUCCCAUCUCCUUACUGUCGACACAAGGAAUAGCAUUCAAUUCGAAAGAGGAGCUGUUCCAAAUAGCAUAAAUAUACCCUUCACAAGUGUUCAGCUGUCACAUACUCAAAUUGAAACUCUCGGACCCCAAGCUGCCGCCCUGACUGAGACGAAUGACAAUAUUGUUGUUAUUAUUGGACCUCAUGAUCAGAAUAACACUCUAGUAAUGGACAUUUGUUCUCUUUUUUCAAAUAUCUUUCAUUUAAAUAAAUUUUUCAAACAUUUUAAGUUACCUACAAGUGAAGAAUUAAAUUAUCUGAUCACUAGACCAUACGUUUAACUGCAGAAAGCCUCAAGUCUUUUAUUAACUUAUUUACUUUCAGUACAAUGUACAUUGAUAUUUUAUUAUUAUUUUUUCUUUUUCCUAGUUUGCAGAUUUCCUCAUUAAAUGCGGCAUAGCCCGGGUCUGCGCACUCCAAGGGGGAAUCUACGCACUGCGUGGAAUUCGACCACAGUUAUUAGUUCCUCCAGAGUAUUCGUAAAAAUAUAAUAUAAGCUGUUAUUAUAUAUAUUUUUAUUUGAAGAGUUACUUUAAGAGUAUAUUAUGCAUUGUAUAUUCAUCAAGACAAGAUUAUUUGUAUGAUUAUUUAAUAAAUUUUAAUUAAUUAAUGAA